GCCACCCCUGCCGGGUUGAGCGCGGUGACUGACAGCUCCUUGCAGCCAGUGGCCGGAGCGCUGUGUGGCGGAGCCCGGCGCCCGUCUCCUCGGUGACCGGGGAGCCGCUGCCUCGCCAGAGUAGCCGGAGGUCCCGGGGAGACGGGGAGCUUCAUUGGAUGAAGGAGUGAUGCUGUGGAACAUGAUAAAAAAUUGGACUAAUUAAAAGUUUUCCUAUUUUGGGAAAAAGCCCAAUAUGUAUAGACCAGGGGAAACGGUCAAACGUCGGCUCAACGUGCAUGCUCCUCCUCGGGUAAGAAGUGUGGAAGUUGCAAGAGGAAGAGCAGGUUAUGGGUUUACCCUUUCUGGACAAGCUCCUUGUGUUCUUAGUUGUGUUAUGAAAGGAAGCCCUGCAGAUUAUGUUGGACUCAAAGCAGGAGAUCAGAUAUUUGCAGUUAAUGAAAUCAAUGUGAAAAAAGCCUCUCAUGAAGAUGUCGUGAAACUUAUAGGAAAAUGUUCUGGAGUCCUGCGCAUGGUCAUUGGUGAAGGGAUUAGUCAUAUAGAUUCAUGUUCAAGUGAUGAAGAAGUUGGUUUUUGUGAUGGGAAGGGAUGGCUGAAACCCAAACCUGACUCUAAAGCUCUUGGUAUAAAUAGAGCAGAAAAAGUUGUUGAAGAAAUGCAGUCUGGUGGCAUUUUCAACAUGAUCUUUGAGAAUCCUACUCUUUGUGCUGGUAACUCAGAUAAUUGUGCUCCAAAACAAAGAUCGUUUUCAGAUUCUGCUGCUAUUAAAUUUGAAAGUGGAAAUGAAAGUGUAAGCAAUCCAAACCUACUGUCAAAGGAGGAAAUAUCCAAAGUCCUGAAUGAUGAUUCGGUUUUUAGAAUUGGACUGGAGAGUGCAGAAGACUUUGGAUUGGAUGCAAGCAUUUUAAAUGUUGCUAUGAUUGUAGGUUACCUAGGCUCAAUUGAACUUCCUUCAACCACCUCAAAUUUGGAAAAUGAGAGUUUGCAGGCUAUUCGUGGAUGCAUGAGACGUCUGCGUGCAGAACAAAAAAUCCAUUCACUGGUGCUGAUGAAGAUAAUGCAUGACUGUAUUCAGCUCUGCAGUGAAAAAUCAGGUGUAGUGGCAGAAUAUCCUGCGGAGAAACUGGCAUUCAGUGCUGUUUGCCCAGAUGAUAGAAGAUUCUUUGGACUAGUUACAAUGCAGACAAAUGAUGAUGCAAGCUUGGCUCCGGAAGAUGAAGGGAUUCUGAGGACGUCUUGCCAUGUUUUUAUGGUGGAUCCUGAAUUAUUUCAUCAUAAAAUUCACCAGGGCAUAGCAAGACGUUUUGGACUGGAAUGUACAGCAGAUCCAGACACAAAUGGCUGUCUAGAGUUUCCAACAUCAUCUCUACCUGUUCUUCAGUUUAUUUCUGUUCUGUAUAGGGAUAUGGGGGAAUUGAUUGAGGGAAUGCGUGCGAGGGCUUUUCUUGACGGUGAUGCAGAUGCUCAUCAGAAUAAUAGUACAAGCAGUAACAGUGAUAGUGGAAUUGGAAACUUUAACCAAGAAGAAAAGAAUAAUAGAGUUCUGGUUGUUGAUUUAGGGAGUAAUCCGAGUAAACACAUUCCUAACAGCAUAUGGGAAAAUCCAGUAGGAAGAGGACAAAAUCAGCCUUCUUCCCAUUGGAAUGGCUUCUGUCAUGAACAAGAAGGAAACAUUCCUUUAGAAGUAAUUCCCAACGAUAAGUCCCCAAAUGUAAACAAACACUUGAGCCCUUCUGCUCGUAUUGAAGUUCCACUAGUUUCCUCCCGAAAUUCAGUACCUCCAUCAAAGAAAAACACUGUGGGCAUAGGCAAUCAAAGGUGGUUGCCUGUGCAUGUUUUACAAGAAUGGCAGCAUGGAAAUGCUAGUGACCAGGAAUCUUACACUGAUUCUACAGAUGGCUGGUCAAGUGUUAAUUGUGGAACUCUUCCCCCUCCAAUGAAUAAGAUUCCAGCUGACAGAUACAGAGUUGAUGGCAGCUUUGGUCAGCCACAGUUAAAAUCUCAUAAAAAUGAGUGGUCUAAGAAGAUGGUUUGCAUGCAGAACAAAUUUGGGCCACUGCACAAUAUUAGGAAGUCUAAAGAAGAUAAAAAGGGUGCAAAAUUUGGACAUCCAAUGGGAUUAAAUCAGGCUCCUCCCCCACGUUCUUCUGUUCGAAGAUCAUUUGGAAGAUCCAAACGAUUUAGUAUUACUCGUUCUCUGGAUGACCUUGAGUCAGCAACUGUUUCUGAUGGAGAGUUGAAUAGUACUGAUUUAAAGGACUGCAUCAGUGAGAAUAGCCUCAGUAGCAAUGCUAGUCUUCCCAGUGUACAGAGCUGCCGGCGACUUCGAGAAAGAAGAGUUGCAAGCUGGGCUGUUUCAUUUGAGCGUCUUCUUCAAGAUCCUAUUGGUGUUAAAUAUUUUUCAGAAUUUCUACGGAAAGAAUUCAGCGAAGAAAAUAUUUUAUUUUGGCAAGCCUGUGAAUAUUUUAACCAUGUACCUGCACAUGAUAAAAAAGAGCUUUCUUACAGAGCUCGGGAGAUCUUCAGUAAGUUCUUGUGUAGCAAAGCUACAACUCCAGUUAAUAUUGAUAGCCAGGCACAGCUGGCAGAUGAUAUUCUCAAUUCUCCACAUCCAGAUAUGUUCAAGGAACAGCAACUUCAGAUAUUUAACUUGAUGAAGUUUGAUAGCUAUACUCGCUUUCUCAAAUCCCCCGUUUACCAAGAAUGCAUCUUAGCUGAAGUAGAAGGACGUCCUCUUCCUGAUCCUCAGCGCAUUCCCAGCAGCCCCACUUCUAAACACAGUAUCAGUUCAGAGAAGUCCAAUAUCUCAACACCAAAAAAGUUAAGUGGUAAAUCAAAGUCAGGAAGAUCUUUAAAUGAAGAGUCAGGAGAGGAGGACACUGAGAAGAAAAAGAGGGGAACAUUUUUCUCAUGGUCAAGAAGUAAGAGUUUGGGGAAAUCACAGAAGAGAAAAGAAAAUGGUGAUUAUCCAAAUGAUUCUAUUCAGUCCAAUGGAUUAUCAUACAGGCGGGAAUCACAAGGCUCCAUGUCAUCAACUGCUAGUCUUGACUUGUCUGAAGCCUCAAGAUUACCUGCAUUUGUACCAGAUAAAGAUAAAUCCCCCAAAUACUGCUGUAUAAACCUUCCAGAUGGUUCAUCCAGUAAAAUGGCUGUUAAAUCCGGAUUCUCUAUCAAAGAGGUGCUGUCUGGGCUCUGUGAGAAACAUGGUAUUAACAUAGCUGCAGUGGACCUUUUUUUAGUUGGAGGUGAUAAGCCACUUGUAUUGCACCAAGACAGUAGCAUCCUGGAGUCUCGGGACUUACGCUUAGAAAAACGCACUUUAUUUCGGCUGGAUCUUGUUCCAAUUAAUCGAUCUGUUGGUUUGAAGGCUAAACCCACCAAACCAGUAACAGAAGUCUUAAGGCCUGUGGUUGCAAAAUAUGGUUUAAAUCUUAAUGAACUUGUGGCAAGACUAAGUGGUGAGCAGGAACCACUUGAUCUUGGUGUCCCUAUAUCUAAUCUGGAUGGUCAGCGGGUUGUUCUAGAUGAAAAAGAGCCAACAAAGGGUAGAGUGUUUACAGAUAAACAAAAAGGUGCAUCAGUAAAACAGAGUGCAACUGUAACUACUUCAAGAAAUCAAGUAUCUACUGGAGAGGGAAGAACUCUAGGAAAGUCUAAUUCUAUCAAAAUGAAAGGCGAAAAUGGAAAAAAUGCUAGGGAAGUCCGUCUGUCAAAGAGAGAAGACUCUAUUGCAAAGAUUGGGAAAAAAAAAUGUCAGAAAAUAAAUUUGGAUGAAGCAGAGGAAUUUUUUGAACUCAUAUCCAAAGCUCAAAGUAACAGAGCAGAUGACCAACGUGGACUGCUAAGGAAAGAAGACCUUAUUCUUCCUGACUUUCUUCGUUUACCACCCACUGGACCAGAACCAUGCUCAUCUACUCCCACUGGCCCCAAAGGCCUCAACAAGCGAGCUUCAAAAAAUGAUGGCAAGGACGGAUGUACAUCACCAGGUGGAAAACAGGAGUCUGUACAAAACUUUAAUGAAAAUUCAGUUAAGAAAAUAGGUUACUCGGAAAAUAAACAUAAGUCUGCAUUGACAGCACUCCACAGUCAGAAGACUUUCAGUGUUCCUUUCAAUCCUCCGUUGUCUCCAAUUCCGCAUGCACAGGAAAACAAUGCAACAAUAUGGAAAAGGCAGUCAAGAGAGUUACAAGCUGAAGGCAUUCAGAUGGUAGAGGAUGAGAAUGUGGCAGACUUGACUCUUGUGGCUGAAGGAGAUAUUAGUAGCCCUAACAGCACUUUGCUACCACCACCACCAAUACCAACACCACCGUCAGACAGCAGUAAACUCACAGAAGCCAACUAUCCACCCCCAUCUCCUUUUGCAGGUAAUCAGGAAAAGUCUGGAUUUCAAAGAUCCAAUUCAGGUGCAAGACACAAAAAGAAAAAAGAUUCACAAGGGACUUCAGGAAACUCUUGUGAGCAAACCUGUCACAAAGUGAAGACCAGUAGAAGCUUUAAUCCCCCUGGUGCGAGAGAUAACCCCAGUACAGAGCUCCCUGUAAACAGGAUAAUUGAUGUGGACGGAGUCAAACUGGAAGACACUGGUACACGCUCCUGUGACGAUUCUGAAGGGAACCUCAGCUUUGAAGGUUACAUCUCUGAACUGAGAUCUUGCCAAGGGAGGAUGAGAACUGGAGUUUAUAGGACAUCAGACCUCCCAUCUCUGAUUACUGUCAAGAGUGAGAAGAGUAAGGGCACUGAGAAUCAGUAUAAAGCUACUUUUGUUUAAAUCUCUGGUUUUAAUUAAGAGUUCUGGUAUUUUUGCUUGGCAUCAGCCACAAUGGAGAUAUCCCUUAGAGGCGUGUUUCUGCAAAUUAUAAGUUGUUUUCAGUACCCAUUGCCUUCAACAAGCCUGCCAGACCAUCUCUUCUGAAAUGUUUUAGAACCCAUGGAAUGAAAAAAUAGUAUUUCAAUGAAAGUAUUGAGCUAUUUGUUUUGUUCUGUUACCAUUUCCAUACCAUUUUCCAUUAAAUGAUUCUUUUGCACAAUGCAAUUAAAAUUGUGAUUUCCACCCCUACCCUUCUUGUCUUUAGUGAAGACAAAAAUCACUUUAAAUUCCCCUAUCCAAACAUUUUAGUUAAGAUAAUUUCACUUGAAUCUUGUAAUUCUUUUUCCUGGUCUGCAGGUUUCCCUGUGUGUCAGUAGACUUUUGAAGUGGAGUCAUUACUAGUAUAAAAAGAUUAGGAUUAUUUUAUUAAUGGUUUCCUAUCUAUCUCAUAAUGUUUGGGAAGUGGUCCAGGUGGAAUUCAGUCUUGUCUAAUGCGUUGCCUGGGUGGAUAUAUGCAAUAAGACCGUUGUUAUAUGAGUAGUGAGAAGCAAAAAAAAAAGAAAGCUGUGAAUCUCUUGUGCUGGGGAUAAUAGCUGCUCCCGUAGCCAACAUUGGGGUGUUUCCAUACCAGAAAUGCAUACUAUAAUUACACAGUAGUGGGAGGGUCAUCCAGGUCCCUACUCAUCACUGCCCUCAGUGUCUUAGCUUUGGGGGAAGGCAGAUUUUGUUGUUGGUCUUUCAAUAAGCAGUUAAGUGCCCCUCAUUCUUCUUGUCCUUAGUUCUAGUUUCAGUUAAUCUUCUAGCCUUGGGCAGUUUUUGAGGAAGAAAAGACACUUAAGACUUCUGAACAUGUUUCUUUUUGCCACCCACUCCUUUUCCUCCUUUCGCAUUCUUCAGAAGAGGUUAUGAGUCUGGACAAGCAGAAGGGUACACAAAAAAUGAGAGCAUUGAACCUCUGCUCAUCAGUGUGAAACAAUAAUGCAUAUAUGUAUUAAGACCUCCUGGUCGUUCACUGCUUUGAAAUUGUUAUGACACUUACAAAGUCAUGUUGCAUAGCUCCUAGACUGCAGAUCCACACAGGCAGUAAGUCUAAAGUAUUACAGUAAUUAUUCUGGAGGCAGUCACUCACUUUCUUAAACUGAAAUCUGUAAGAUGAGAGAGAGGUUUUAUAACUGUAAAGUAAGAUUCCUAAAGCUUGAGAGUUAUACAUCAAAUACUCCAGUGAUGUAAAUGGACACAGCACCUAUUAGCUUUAAUACUCAAAUUCUUUUCUACUGCUAAGUGAUUUUGCUCUGGGUGUUGAGGAAAACCCAUGUUAAUAUUAGGCUUAGCUCAGUGUGUGACAGCAUGAGGAUAUAUCCCAUGAAACAGAUGUUCUUUUAAAAACUUUCAAGAUUAAAACCAAUUUGAGAAUCAUCCUAAAAUCACAGUGGUGUAGUGAAACCAGAGACCUGGGGAAACAUAGUGCCUGAGACCAGAAGUAGGAAUGAGUGAACAGACUUGGAAUUUGAUGUAACUGGGUACCACGCUGCAGUGGACUGGGCUGUUCAAAUACAGCCGUAGCAAUGUGUUUGCAGUCUGAUGUUGGAAGCACUCAGACUAUACCUGUGCUGAGCAUAAAGGGGGGGAAGUAUAAAUACUGAUCAUGGGAUGUGUUUUGUAUUGUACUGUACUGUAUAUCACCUGUGUGGGACACAACGUAACAAAUAUAUAAGUAUCUAUGUAUUUUUAAAUCGUUCUUUUCUCUUUUUUUUUGGUAGCAUUUUGCUAGUAAUUGUCCAUGAGAGGAUAUUUAUUUGCACAGUGGCCACAUUUUUUUCUUAUUGUCAAGGAAACUAAUAGCUUUGUUCUGAUCCAGACCAACGAUAUUUGUACCAGUCAAAUUCAAGAGAGGACUUUUUGACCUGUGAUACACUUUGCACUUUUUGAGUGUCUUGGAAAAUCAAAUCCUGACUUCAUACAUGUAAAAGCUUGAAAUUAAAAUACCAUAAUUAUGGUCUUUGUUCAUAGAUGAAACGAGGUUGCUUAUCUUAAUUGUACAAAUGUGCUUAAGUUACUUGCAGUGAGCAAUAAAAAAAUCCUGGAAAAGCAAUCAGCUGAGGGGAGAUGUAAUAUAGUCUGAAAAUCUUGAGUGCUGUGGAAAGGAAUUGACUAUAAGCUCUUUUCCAAGAUUUUUUUACAAGCUUUUUUACAAGAAUUAUCGACUAUCAAAUGAAGCUUGUAGAAGCCAGGUUCAAAUCAAAGACUUGGUUCUUCACCUUCUCCUGUUUUCUUCCCACAAGCUGCUGUGCCCAGAAAAAAGGUAAACAAAAACUGUCUUAAAAUUCUGAGAGCAGGAAACUGGUUUUGAUUGUAUCAAGAAUUCAAAGAGAGUUUGACAGCAUGGGAGAGUCAAGCUGUGUGCAAGAAAAUGAUGUAGAAGAAUGGAGUUUUCUUUAAUGUAGGGAAAAAUCUUGGCACAAGGUCUGGAAAUUCUGUAAAUGGACAUGGGAAAACCCAUUCCUCCCCACGCCGCGCUUUUAGGCCAGUUAUUGGCAUAUUGUUUAAAACAAUGACUUCUGAGCUAGGACUCAUGGAAAUUCAUUACAUAGACUUAGAAAUAAUUAAUUAAUGUAUGCUCUCCUAAACCUGCUGGAAUCAGUUGCCAUGGAUCAUGGAGUUAAUUAAAAUGAACGUGGACAGGCUGUCUCUGGCUGUUUUCCAAGAUUUUACUAAGGAUGUUGUCCAGUUUUAAUUACUGUGUGAUUUCAACAUUAUAAUAUGAUUUUAAAUUCCUUAUUAUACUGUGAUUUCCACUACUAAUGAAAUCUACUUGCAAUUAAAAAAGCAACCCGAUUGAAGAACUGUAUUAUAGCUUUAUCCUUCAUCUUGCCAGCUAAUUCCUAAAGAUAAUCAUAUUUUAUGUGGUUUUAUUUAGCUUUUACUUUUCCCAGUUUUUCCUGUUGAAACUCCACUCCAAGGGAGUUACUCUUAUGUCUCCUUAGUCCCACAAUGGUAAAUAAAAGGGGAAUUCGGUCUCCCCAUCCUCUUAAGUGGAAGAGGGAGAUCCACUGAUCUAUAUAUGUACGUAAACCUGAAACUGUAACAAUCAGUGAUAUAAAAAACCCCAAAACUUAGAAAAUACUGCAGCAUACUAAAACUUAUUUAAUAAGCCACUGCUCUCGUAUUUCAACUGUUCUUAUGGUAUCUGAUUUACAAAUAGUAGUGGGUUUGGCUUCAUAUGCUCCACAACAGCCACAAUUUUGUUGAAUUUCUUUUUGUUUUGCUUAAAAGGCUCUAUGAAGAGCAGAAAAUUUACAUAUAGGCAAAUUUGCAAAGGGACUUCCCCCUUAGUAAUAGGGUUGCAGUGUGCCUUGUCAACGAUCUUGCGAUAAAACACACAAAAUAAACUGUUGCACAAUUUAACUCUGAGGGACUACCUAACAAAUAACCCACGUUUUUUGAAGGCACAUAAACAGCCUUUGCAAAGAGACUUUACAAGAAAUCUACUGCUCUGUGGGAAGGAGCCAAUACCUGACUGCACUAUGUCCCUUCUCAUGUCCCUGGAAGUCUUCUGGGGACUAUUUGAUGUCUUUCGAGAAUACUGGGUCCUUUGUGCAUUACUUCUCUGCCUGAAAGUUUUGGCCUCUUUUCUUGCCUUUGCUGUAGUGUGCAUUGCUUUAUUCCUCUUCUUCUGAUGCUGGAAUUUACUGUUCUUAACACAAAACUAUUAAAAGAUGUGGCUCAGCUGGUAACCUCCUCAUCUCGUUGUAGCAGAGUUAAUCAGGACUUAUGAGCUUAUUUUAAUUUUUUGGAAGUAGCCUGAUUUUAUCCACAAAAAUCACAUCUUUGCCAGUAGUUGUUUCUCAAUAGUGGUGCUACUGCUCAUCCCAGAUCUCUCCAACACAGUAUCGAUAGUGAAUAAUGUCAUUUAGAACUGUCUCUCCUAAGGUACUCUGUAGCUUGGAGACCUGACAAGUGUGUGGUAGUUGGCUGUAGAGUCUGUGAUGCAAACACCCGGAGGCAUCUUUUCACAAUUUCUCAAAGAUUUUGAAAAGUUUCCAAAGGCUCAGUUAGACAAAGGCCGCAGCCCAACGGCAGGUCUUUAUCAAGAGGUGUGACAAGCCCAAACUCUUGCAGGUCCAAGGCACUCCUCCUAAUGCUCAACCACAGCUCAUUGUGUUGGGUUUAGAAAUGGCAGUAUUUUCUCCAUCAACCGGCAGGUUUCCAAGCUUCGUGGGAGUGUAGCAAACCCUUUUGACAGCAGUGUUGCUCUGUGGAGAGUGUGGGUGUUUAUCCUGCAGCAAAACCAAGUGGUGUCUCCAAGUGCUUUUCUCUGCCUGUGCUCUUGGAACGGCAUCUAAAGUGUAGCAUCAUAGGGUACUGAAGAACUGGGAGAUUUGUGAGCCCUAAUCCAAUGCCAAUUGAAACACAGGAAAACCUUCCAUUUAUCUUACUGAAAUUUUUCCUUGCUGUAGACCAACUGCCACUGUUAGCCAGGUUUCUCUAAUUUUUUUUCUGAAGACUUUUAUCAGCUGAGAAGAGCCUGGUGACCAGGUGUCUGCAAAUCUUGCCUGCAUUACUCAAAAUGCUAGCAAAUUCAAUAUGUUACACAGAAACCAACAUGUUUUCUGAAUUGUUUGUGUGGAAGAUAAGAAAACUGUUUAUAAUUUUUCAUCUCAAGUGACCAUUCUGUUGUACAGUCUAAAAAUGAUCUACAGAAUUUGAUUAAUAUUCUUGUUUUAUUUGUGGUUUUGUCUUUAAACUUAUAUAUAAUGACUUUCUAAUAUGAAAACACACAGUGGAUUUAUUUCUCAUGCCUUAUCUCCCCAAAGUAUUGAGAAAUUCUGUACUGCGCAAUAAUGUUU